AUGUCGGCGGAGCAUUCGGCGACACAUUCUAUCUUUCACUGGAAGACUGCUCAGCUAAUUGCGAGGUUUCUGCAUCAAAACAAACUGAAACCUUCCGUGGUCGAGAGUGAGACCUUAAAAACGCUCUGUAAACAUUUGAAUGUAUUAAUGGAAAUGCCUACUACUGAUAUGAUUGAAAGUGCCAACUUCGCAGCAGGGUACGAACCAGAGGACGAUGAUUUAUCAUCGACUUGCAUUUGGUGCGGAUUGGAAGUAUCCAAGCCACUAUCAUUUUUACUUUCGGAAAAAAAUGCAGCGAUUAUUUUGACGGCGGCUGUUAUCGACAAUCAGAAGACGUUGAAACAAGCAAAGAAAUCGAUUUUGAAUGAUAAGUUGUAUCUGUGCGAAAGUCAUAUUAUCCCCAUGCGCGAAGCAAUGAUUGAUGUACUAGGUGGAGAAUCUAACAGAGAGCGUCGAGUCCCAGCUUAUUCUUUUCUUGUCGGGCUGGUUUUUUUCAACAAGUUGAUGAAAAUUCGAAAAGUCUAUGUUGAAGAAGAAUUCACAGAAAUGGCCGAAGGAGAAUACCGUAAGUUGGUGGCAAACUUGUUGACCAAGGAUAUACCAAGAGUUCCUGCAAAAGAGCCUCGCAAUCAUCAACGUUCGGUCAAGAGAAAGGAUAACACUGUAACCGUCUCGCAAGCAGCCCCAACUGCCACUGCAACUGCCAUUGUCAGCGAACUGCUAGGAGGUAUCACUCAAACAGUUGAAGAUGGUGAUAUUCCUGAUUUGAAGAAAGUCAAGUUGGAAGAGGAAGAAUACAAUGAAAUGGAAGCUACCAAUCCAUCCACUUCUUCGUCAUUAGCACCAACUUUUCAACAACCAAUACAAAAACCGCCGCCCACAUUGCUCCCAUCGAAUAUGAGAAUUUACACAUUGAAAAACGGGAAGAAAGUAGUGAAAGCGCCAGUGAUAUUAAAAUCAGCCCAGGCGGCACUAGCCAAAACUUCCGGGAAGUUGGUUACAGUUCGUGUGGCUCGGAGAAGAGUGAUUCGGUCAGCAGCAAAGAAAACUGAAUCCGAGAAGCUACCAGAACGAUUCCAACUGACUAAGAUUCCGAUCCUGGCUCAAUAG